AUGGACAAACCCUGCGAGCCCCGUCUCCAAACGAUAAUCAGAGGAGCCUUCAAGACCCUUGGACAACAGAUCCGUCACAGUGAGGAUCAGCUCCGCCUCACUGCCGAAGGUGGACCCAUUGGCGCUUGGCAUGCCUCCUCAACCUCAUCUAAGACGCCGCAUCCAGCAACAGACAACUGCGCUCGUCACAUCUCCUCCCAGCAUACUCUUACAGCCAGCACAGGGAAACAGUACAUCGCCGAUGACUUUGCUUCACGAGGUUUCCGUUCACUCGGCAUUGCCAUGAACACUGAUGGUCAGUGGAAGCUCCUUGGUCUCCUCCCCGUGUUCAACCCAGAGCAGCAAGAGCAAGGUGCUGUAGAAGUGCACCUUAGCUCAUCAGUGCAUGCCUUGCAGGAGGGGGAACCGAUGUACAUUACCAUCGACCACGUUCCUGCACCUCUCAUCGGCGUUUUUGUCUUGCUCACGACCACCGCAAUUGGCAGCGAACAAGUGCGCCAAGGCAUUGUAGGCGAGGAUGGCAUCAAGCCAUAUGAAGUGCUUGCACUCUUCAUCUCUCUCAUCAAGAAGCUGGUCAAGUGGCAAUCGACCCAUGACGACAACCCGCCAACCAGCAAGGAUCGUGAUGCAUUCCUCAAACUGCAAAACGUGUACAGAACAAGGACGCUGCAAGACUUCGCGCAGUUCAAGCAGCUUGUUGGAGAGACCUGCAAGUCGGCCAGUGUAGAAGGCAAGAUUGCCAAAGAUAAGAUCGAAGCGCUUGUCAAGCAUGCAGGACACCUCAAGCCAACUCGCGGACGCAGCAAGAUGUGUUGCCCCAGCACCCAAGUGUUCACAGUCAGUAGCCACCACCUCGACCGCGUUCAACCAGCGCUCGAUUCCAGUCUGGCUUCGUACGGCUCUGUGGUCCCCAGCAUAUCUUCACUUGAACGAACCUCCAUGCGCAGCGAUAUUUGGAGCCGCAACUGCAUAGGUCACGAAGCAUCUGCUACAACCAACAGAAGGAACCAGUCUGGAGACAACACGCACUCCAUUUGUAUGCUGCCCCUUCGCUGUGCAGUAGUCCUCUCAGCCCUGCGGAGCUCGUCUGCCGCUCAGCGCUCUCCCCUCGUUGCUGUAAGCGGUCGCGCGCCUGAAACCAGGUUGGGUGUUUCUGAUUGGUUUCGGUGA